AUGACCACCACUUUAAGAGGCGUAACUUUAACUGUCUGGACGUGCAGAACCACAGGAUCCACAGAACCUCCAUCAAGCACCUUACAUCCUACUUCUGGUUCAGUGGUCACCGAUUCAUUGGAUAAUAGAUGCUUUCUACUCAUUCUACGAGAAGAGCAGCAUUGUUGUGAUGCUGCUCAACCAAUCACUCUGAAAGAGGUUGUGUGUGCGAUCAAUACAAUUAGUUUUACCAACUCAGCACAUUCAAUAUUCAUCAAUACCGUCACACCAAAUUGUCUCUUUCAAAAAUAUCCAGUAUCGAGUGUAUCUGUCAAGGUAUUUGACUAUGUUUCGCAUGACUGCAUUGAAAGAACUUUAGCUAAACAUGUACAAUUGAUUAUGGGUCCUGCUGGUAGUGUAAAAGUAUGUACUUCUUAUUAA